AUGAACUUUGUUCUUUACAGUCCGGUCUUUAUCGAGCUUGCACCAAGGGCCUUUGUAACAUGGACAUAUUUGAAGACCCACAGCCGUGGCAACUUUCACCCAAGCGCUUGUCUGGCCCCCGCUCUGCCCCUCCCCGCGCACGCGGCGCCACCGCGCGCGCCGCCGCCGGCGUCGUGUUUACGCCGGCCACGCGACCGCGUGCGCGCCGCGCCGCCCCACCCCGCCCUCCGCGCCACCCCGCCGCGCUCGACCUCCGCUCCGCAGUGGAGGGGCGGCGCGCGCGCGCGCGCAAGGCCCGCGCCGCGCCGGCGCCGCCCCCGCCCCGCCCCGCCCCCGCACGGAGGUGUAGAGCGGCGCGCGGGCGGCCGGCGCGCAGUUCGGGAUGAAGCCCGCGCCGGCCGCCCAUGGAACGCCACCGCCCACGCGCGCUCGCCGCCGCGCGCCUCUCGCCCUCCGACGUCGCCCACGCGGACGCCCGCGACGCCGCCGCCCUCGCCCUCGCCCUCGCGUUCGCCCCGCCCCCGCCCGCCGCCGCGCGCGCUGCUGCUGCUGUUGGCGCUGGUGCUGGCGGCCGUCGCGCCGCCGCCGCCGCUGGCUGCCGCCCCGGCGCGCGCCGACCCGCCGGCGCCGCCGCAGCCGCCCCCGGCGUGCCGCCCAGACACCUCCGGUGAGCGCGCCGCCCGGCCCGGCCCGGCCCGGCCCGCCCGCCCAGCGCUCGUGCGGCCCCGCGGCGGCUCACGCACCUCGGCCCGGCCGCGCCGCGCGUGCGAGUCUCGCCUCCGCACCCUUGCGGGCGAAUUGGCAUCGACGACCACGCGCACAUGCGACGCGUCUCCAAAGUGCAAAUGA